CUCCUCGAGACGGACCAGUCGAUGCAGCAGGGUCACGUCAAGGAGUGGGCGCGCCACGUGAAGCACCACGUCGACCAUAGUUUGCGCAGCUUCCUGGGGCAGCGCAAGCGCGAGGUGUCCUUCGCGGUGCCCGCCAAGUGUUUUUUGAUUCCGCCGUUGGCCAUCACUGACGCUGCCUCUGGCGCGAACCUCAGUUCGUUUCGCGAGGUCAUGGACUACGACAACCUGGUUGCGAGCUUCUCCCGCGCCGAGGAGUGCGAGGCAGCGGGGGCGGUGUGGAUGUUGGACCCGAUUUUCUCGGACAUCGACGAUGUCACCGUAAGCCAGCUCGAGGGUGCCAUGGGCAUGUGGUCGGAGGAGGCGUACUCCCUCUCCUCCAAGCACGCGCCCUCGCGGCGCCUCUCCUUCGACGUGCCUAUCCCCGCCUUGGUGGUCGACGUCAUGGUCGCCCAGCGGUUUGAGCCUAACAAGCCUGGGGUUUGCUUGACAGAGGCUCUGGCCAUGCUCGCGGGGCGCGCGGUGGCCAUCACGUGGCACGCUGUUAUGAGCGAGGCGCUCUUGCAGUCCAACGAAGACCGCGUGUGGCAUCUGUUCAAUGCCGUGUUGUCCGUGCCCAUCAGGUGUUCUCUGCGCAUGCUGCCUCUGGCGCUGAGUCUUUCUGGCGGUUCGCAGAAAAAAACGCGCCGCUUGACCGACGUGGAGAACUGUUUCGCCAAACAGGAACCAGCGUCGAAGCUGGAGGCUGCGCUGAAGGCCUACGGCCACCAGUUCAAAGGAAAAGCGUGCACCGCUGCAACCGCCGCGGCACUGAAAGGCCCGCGCCUUUUCGUCCUCGACGGUGCCUGCAGUUCGGCUUUCGCGCUGGCCGAAGUGUAUUUUCCAGAGCUUCGCGACCCUGCGCUUCUCAUGGGGAUCGACUUCGCCUGCUCCACGAAGGGUGGUUCUGACGCCGAGGCCAGGGAAUUGCUCGUUUUCAUCAUGAACAGUUUCCGCGUGGCCCGCUUGGCGGGCGACGCCCCGAAGGACGAGGAACUGGUCGUGAGCCGGGCCGUCGGGCGCGAUAGGGAGACGCCAGGGAUGCACCGCGCGUUCUUCAAGAAAAAGAAGCUCGUCGAGCACAUCUUUCACGAGGCGUUUCUUAUGAGCAAGGAAGUGGGGAAUCACAUGGCGGCAUUUAAGGCGCCUCUCCACAUCCUCCAGAAGUUCGCUGCCUCUGGCGCGGAUGGGCUCGUGGCUUCGCACCGCGCGUCCGACUCAGGCGGCGGCGCCGGCGAGAUGGGGACAUUGUUUGCGCUCCCCGUGGCUGAGCAUCGGAACGCCGUGGAUGUCAAUACGAAGGCGAUGAUCGACGUCGCGUGGCCACUGUGGUCGAGCGCUUUCGACGACGAAAUUGCCGAGCUUGCCCAGCAGGAGUUGCAGAACAGCACCACUGGGUUCGUCUGGCACACGUACCUCUCCGAGACCAGCCAGGGCGCUAGCGCCAAGUACCGCGCCUUCGCGGCCGCGUGCACGGGCGGGCCCAUCACCGCCAACCCCGAUGAGGAUGCAAAUCUCGGCUUGUUGGGGAUGUCCGAGCUCGGGGACGAGCAAAAGGCAGAGCUCCAGAAGCUCCAGAAGCAGCUCGAGCAGCUCCGCAGGAAAACUGUGAAGUUCGUCAGUUUGCCGUCUGUCGGCGGUGCCUCUGGCGCGGAGUACGCAGCGGCGCAGAUGCAAAGCUUGUGGGGCGCGCUCAGCCUCGGGCACCGCUUCGGGAGGAAGAAGAACGAGCUUCGCGCGUUCAUCCUCUCCGCGGACUUGUUCCCGCCCAACGUCGUCAAGCAAGGCGCCAAGGCGAGGAUGAACGAGCAGAUGGCGUGUGACGAGGCGAAGUUCAAGCGCGUCAUCGAGUUCUUCUUGCAGAGGAGGCAGAAGGAUGAUGUCCUCAUCUUCCUCGACGGCAGGAGCCGCGCGAACCGCAGGUUAAUUGAGUCCUUCGAUGCGAAGUUGGAGUCAGGAGGCACCCGCGCGCACGUCGAGUGCUGGUUCGUGCACGAGGAACCGGCGAAGAAGGUGGACCCGCGGUCCGCGGCCAGGGCGUCGAACUACACGAAGAACAACAGGGAGACAGCCAUUUUCUCGAUGCCACUCAAGAGCCCGCCGCGGAAGGUGCUGCACCGUGCGGAGUUCAACGCGGGCGGCGAGUCCUCGACCGCAGGCACGUCAUACAGCGGCAUCCCAAUGCGGCGUUUCUCCGAGCUCCCUCGCAUGGGGGACAUCGACUCGAAGGGCCACCCGUUCUCGCACGCCGAGGUGAAGCCGUUCAGCUUGUGGCAGACUCUCGUGGAGCACCACAAAGUGACCCGCGUCGUGGACUUCACUCCAGGUUCUGGCGCUUUGGCUGUUGCUGCCUCUGGCGCAAUUGAGUGCGAAGGCAUCGCUGCCAACGAUGCGCACCGGGACUGGCUCGAUUCCAUCGUGGACAGGUGGGCGAUGCACAGGGCGGGCCACGAGGAGGGGCACGCGGAGCAAUUGGGCGGCGACGCUGAGUUCGUCGAGAAAGCCAGCAAGUAUUUCAGCGAA